UAUAGAUAGAAGAACAAGUAAUAAUAACUGAAACAGAUCUGCAGGAGGAUAGUUUCGGGGAGCAUCCCUUCUACCACUGCCUGGUGGCAGAAGUAUCCAGGGAGCACUCCCAAAGGACACAGCAUAAUUGGUUUCGCCAUGUACUAUUUUACCUAUGACCCAUGGAUUGGAAAACUCUUAUAUCUUGAAGACUUCUUCAUAAUUAGUGAUUUUAGAGGCUUUGGGAUAGGAUCAGAAAUUCUGAAGACUCUGAGCCAGGUUGCGAUGAAAUGUUGCUGCAGCAGCAUGCACUUCCUGGUAGCAGAAUGGAAUAAACCAUCUAUCAACUUCUACAAAAAAAGAGGCGCCUCUGAUCUGUCCAGCGAGGAGGGAUGGAGACUCUUCAAGAUCGACAAGGAGUACUUGCUAAAAAUGGCAGCGGAGGAGUGAGGAGUGCUGGUGUAGACUACAACUCCCGUUGUAUUUUAGAGCAAAUUCUCAACUUACCUUCUUUCUAUCAUGUUUGUAGUGAAAUAAGAGAAUGAGCACCCAUUCCAAAGCUUUAUUACCA